UAUUAUUUGCUACUUUCACAAACACCGAUUAUGUACAAUAACGCGUGUCGUGUCAGACAAAAUGGCUGCCGAGGAAGGUCUGGUUGCUGACGACGGAACAAAUUGUUCCGAAAACACUGAAGUUUCACAAGAAACAAAUAUAUUUACAGUUGAAGUGCUGCAGAUAGUCAAAGAAGCACAGCAGCAGCAUGGAUUGAGACAUGGAGAUUUUCAAAGAUAUAGGGGUUACUGCUCCCGGAGAAUAAAGCGCAUCAGGAAAUCACUUCACUUCCCUCAAGGGGACAAACGAAGAGUGCAUCCGAAGAAAAUAAAUAUUGAUGUAAUUAAGGAUGUGAGGUAUAUCCAACUGCCCUUGUUUAGUGCAGAGAGGGCAUGGGCCUACGGUAUGCAGCUGAAAUCAGAAGCAAACACUGAGCCGCGAAAGAAGUUUCACAUGAUGUCAAGACUGAAAAAAGCUGUGCAAUAUGCAGAGGAGCUAUUCUCUUUGUGUGAACAUGACAAAUGUGAUGCUAGAACUAAGCUUGAGGCUCAGGCUUACAGAAAUUACAUCAGAGGUAGUUUGGAAUUUGAACUCGAGAAAUGGCAAUCAGCAAUAGAAAGCUAUAGCAGUGUAAAGAAAAUCUAUGAGAGCUUGGCAAAGGCUGUCACAGAAGAACAACAGACUAUGUAUUUGCAACGUGUUGGAGAGAUAGAGCCCAACAUUCGCUACUGCGCCUACAAUAUAGGUGAUGAGAAUGCACUCAGUGAGCUGAUGGAGAUGAGACGAACAGCUGGCGGGGAUUUCAUGUCAGGAGAGCUCGAUACCCUGCUGUCCCAGACCCGUGAGAAACAGUCUGCCACGCUAUCGGAGGUGACAUGGCAGGGUCGUACGGUGGCAGUGAAGAGUGAGCCGGUGCGCCUGUUCCUGCUUAACCUGCAGGAAAGCGCCCAGGAGGUGGAGAGGGCCGAGGGGCUGGACAACAAGAUCUCCAUCUAUGAGAGCCUCCUCAAGCAGUGCAUAGACGCCCAGCAGGUGCUCCGAGACUCCCUGCAGGACGACCAGAACUUCAAACUGGCGCAACGUGGCCAGCCCAUGGAGGGCAAGGUGUCAAAUCAGCAUUACCUACACAGCUAUCUAGCCUACAUCAAACACACUAAAACCAUAGAGCGCAACCUAGUGCUUAUUGACAGUAUGAAAUGUAACCUGCCAGGGGGGCAAGUCGAAGAAGGCAAGAAAAUUACCAAACCACAAGAUCUAGUUAGACUUUAUGAUAUCAUUAUUCAGAAUUUAGGAGAAAUACCUAACUUGCAUGGUAUAGAAGAUGACGAGUCAUUGCAGCAAGAAAUGCAAACCAGGGCCUUAGGAUUCAAAGCUUUUAAGUGUUUUUAUAUUGCUCAUUCGUAUGCUGGUGCCAAAAAGUGGAAGGAAGCCAUAGGCCUGUACGCACGUGUCCUGGAAUACACACGGGAGGCAAGCCAGCAGUAUAAGAAACUAGACAGAGCUGCAAUCUAUAAGGGUGAGCAGAGUGCGCUGUCAGACCUGGCCCAGGAGGCUGACAGUCUCAAGUACUCAUGCCACGCCUCCAGUAUUCUCGACACGGACACCCUCACCGACCAGAUGGCUCACGUCUCCAUAGCAAAUAAUAAGCCCUUGUCCGAGAGGCUGGACCAGUACCUGGAGGACUCCAGUCUGUUGAAGGGCAAGGCCAAGCUGGUGCAGUUCCCACCAGACUUCAAGGCCAUUCCCAGCAGACCGCUGUUCUUUGAUCUGGCUCUCAACCAUGUUGAGAUGCCAGGCUUGGAGCACAAGAUAGAGCAGAAGAAGGCAGCUGGAGGGAUCACUGGGGCCAUCAAGGGAUGGUUCUGGGGUCAGAAGAAAUGAGCUUCGAUCAGGGUCUAUGAAUUAUCACUGUGGCAAACGUUGUAAUGUGGUUGGUUCUCAAAUGGUUGGACAAAUAGUUUGAAUACCAUAGAUCAGUGGACACAGAGUUUUCAAUAGUCAUGACUGUUAAAUUAAAAGUGUUCUGUAAUGAUAGUGCUUAUUUAUAAAAGAAUUACACAUUUGAAAGUUUUUUUUUAUUACUAUUACAAUUGUAUAUUGGCCAUAUGGCAAAUGGAUCUUUGCUGGUAGAUGGCUUAUAGGGAGAGAUAUGAAAUGCUAUGGUGGAUUCGAACAUUCAAGACAAGGGUGAAAGUUGUUGGAGAAUGGUUCAGGUUAUAUUUCGCUUAAGGCAUAUUGAUAACCCACCUUAAAAAGUAAAUGGGAUAUUACUGGAAUCUUAAUGGACGCCUGUCUGUCUGGAGACACAAAUUUGUCAGGUGUUCCAAAAAACUAUUCGGAGAACAACAUUCAAUCCUGCCGGUAUUGUUUCUUAUAUGAAGUUGUGCAUGUGCAACAUCAUGCUACAUAUGCGGUAUUUCAAUAUGUUGUGUUAGGGGUAUUAUGUCACUAAUGGGACACAUUCUUGUUAUCUUUGGUUUUAGAAGUUGUUUUACCCCCAAAAUACAUCCUUUAUAUGUACAUGUUUCCAAUAAUUAUGAUUCUCUGAUAUCAAAUCUUGUA